AGAGCGUCCGGAGUGGGACAGAGGCAGACGCGUCCCUGCUCAGACCCGGCGCCAUGUCCCAGAAGUCCCGGGUGUCCAAAGUGUUCGCCGCGGCCUUCGUGGUCCUGACAGUCUUGGUCAUCGGGGCCCUGGUCACCAUGGUGGUCUUCAUCCACCGGGACAUCGGCUCCCUGAACGCCACGGCCCUGCCCCCCGGCGGGCCCCCCACCCCGGCGCCGCCGGGCCUGCGGCUCCCCCGGGACCUGCUGCCGGAGUCGUACCGGCUCUUCAUCUGGCCCCGGUUCUACACCCGGAUCCCGGCGGCGGAGGGGAACGCCACGGCGCCCAACCAGACCACCGUCUUCACCGGGAAUUCCACCGUCAGCUUCCGCUGCCUGGCGCCGACCCGCAGCGUCCACCUGCACAGCCGGGACCUGGUCCUGUCCGACCCCGUCCUGCUGGACCGGGACAGCGGCCGGGCGAUCGGCGUGGACCGGAUCAGGGACCUGGACACCGGAGAGGACAUCAUGGAACUGCGUCUCUCAGAGGAACUCCAGGAGGGACGGAACUACAGCCUGUUCCUGGCCUUCAGCGGGGACAUGUCCCCCCACCCCAGGGGGCUCUACCUCAGCUCCUACAAGGAGGGGGGGUCCGGGGCUGGGGCCGGGGCCGGGGCCAACGCAGACCCCAACACGCAGAGGUUCCUGGCUGCCACCCAGCUGGAGGCGAUUGGCGCCCGGGUGGUGUUCCCCUGCUUCGACGAGCCCGCCCUGCGAGCCGUGUUCCACCUCACCCUGAUCCACCGGGUCCACACCCGGGCUGUCGGGAACGCCGAGGAGGCCGGCAGCUUCCAUUUAGACGAUGAGUGGAAGUUCACCGAGUUCCUGCCGACGCCCCGGAUGUCCUCCUACCUGCUGGCCUUCAUCGUCUCAGAGCUGGAACACGUCCAGUUCUCGCGGCGUUCCGGAGAUUUGGAGUUCACCAUCAGAAUGCACGCCCAGCCCGAGGCCAUCAGAGACGGACUGCUGGACUACGCCGGUCACCUGACCGGAGACAUCACCGCUUUCUUCCACGACAGAUUCGGUCUCGGCUUCGGAAUGACGACGAUCGACCAGGUGGCCCUGCCGGUCCUGGGGCCUGCGGCCAUGGAGAACUGGGGACUGAUCACGUACCACGAGGGGUACCUGCUGUACGACCCCAACGUGUCCUCAGCUCAUCAGAAGCAGGAGAUCGCCAUCACCAUCGCUCACGAGCUGGCUCAUCAGUGGUUCGGGAACCUGGUGUCCAUCAGGUGGUGGAACGAGCUGUGGCUGAAGGAGGGCUUCGCCACCUACAUGUCCUACGUGGCGGUGGACCACGUGGACAAGUCUUUCAGCAUGUGCGACGUAUUCGUGGCGGAGAACAUGGCGAUGGCGAUGGAGACCGACGCUCUGGCCUCGUCUCAUCCGCUCAUCCUCCCGGAGAGCGACGUCCAGACGUCCUCGUCCAUCGGCAACUUGUACGACUCCAUCAGCUACAGCAAGGGGGCCCUUCUGCUCAGGAUGCUGAAGGACUACAUGAGGGAGGGAGAUUUCCACCGGGGGGUCAGGCGUUACCUGAAGACCUUCCAGUGGCAGAGCACGGACCACCGGGACCUGUGGAGCGCCUUACAGCAGGAGGAAUCCAGUUCCUACAUCCAGAUCUCCGACUUCAUGGAACCCUGGACCAGACAGAGCGGCUUCCCUGUGGUCACCAUCAACACCACGACGGGCCAGAUCUCCCAGAAGCACUUCCUGUACAACAGCACCGACCAGUCCAGCCUUCUGUGGAAGAUCCCCGUCGUUUACACUUCAAACAGGAAGGAGCUCAGUGGAGAGCUGGUCCUGAGCACCGCAGGGCCAGACAUUAAGGGGGAGUUCAUCGCCGGACCCGGAGUCUGGAUCCUGGCCAACGUGAACUACACCGGGUACUACCGCGUCAACUACAACCUGGAGAACUGGAACCUGCUGUUCGCCCAGCUGGAGACCAACCGGAACGUGAUCCCGCUGCUGAACCGAGUGCAGAUCAUCAGUGAUGCCUUUAACUUGGCGAGGGCCCAGCAGGUCAACCUGACUCUGGCUCUGAACUCCACCCGGUUCCUGCGGAACGAGACGGAGUUCCUGCCGUGGGACGCGGCCGUGUCCAACAUGGGGUACAUCCUGGAGAUGUUCGACCGCUCCGAGGUCUUCGGGCCCCUGCAGAUGUACCUGCAGAACCAGGUGGAACGGCUCUACAUGUUCUACAAGAACCACACGGACAGCGGCACGGUGCCGAGGGAACCCGCUCAGCAACAGAACCAGCUGCUGGCGGUCUCGGUGGCCUGUUCCAACGGACUGCCGGACUGCGUCGCCAUGGUGACGAGGAAAUUCAGCGAGUGGAUGAACAACCCUUCCAACAACAGCAUCCAGGCCAACCUGCGGGACGUGGUGUACUGCCAGGCGGUGGCGGCCGGGGGGGCGGAGCAGUGGGAGUUCGUCUGGAACCAGUUCCUGAGCUGCUCCGACCCGGCAGAGAGAGUGAGGCUGAGGAAGGCUCUGAGCUGCAGCAGGAGGGUGUGGCUGCUGAGCAGGCUGCUCCAGUACACACUGGACCCGGAGAAGAUUCGUCUCAAUGAUGUCUCGUCCAUCAUUGAGGACGUGUCCAGCAACGCAGCAGGACACGCGCUGGCCUGGAACUUCAUCCGGGCCCACUGGGACUACAUCGUGACCGAUUACGGGCCGUCUGUGAUCGCAGCAGUUUCCAGAAGGUUCUCCUCACAGUUCGAGCUGGAAGAGCUGCGGCGCUUCGUCAGCGACCACGGCGAGGAUCUGGAGGGUCUGGGGGACGAGGUGCUGGAACGGACCCAGGUCAACAUCGAGUGGGUGGAGCAGAACCGGGACGGGGCUCUGCAGUGGUUCCGGCGGGAGACGGAGCCGCGGCCCGGUCCAGCACCGGAGGCGUCGGCAUAGGAAGGACGAUGCCGGUGUCAAAUGCCGCCGGAGGGGCGGAGCCUCCACCCUCCCCCCAGCAGGGGGCAGCCGGUCACGGUGACCCAACACACCCUCUAGUGGCACAAACUGGAAUCACAGGACGGUUUUUCUUCUUCUGGUUUUUAUAUUUUUCACUUGUUUCUGUCAAUGUUUUAAACUGUGAGACGGAACGUGGAACAUCAGAGGUGGAGUUUUACUAUAUAAUAAAUAGACCUCAGUUGUUUUUUGUUUGUUUUUUUUAUCUUUAUCUGCUGCCUCAGUAUCAGAUUUUUCACUUGUAUACUACAGAUUAACUUUGCACAAAAAUAUUUCUUUCUCUGUAGAAUAUAUAAAAUUUUUAAUCAAAUACAUCCAGUGAUUGUUCUGUUGUGUGAAAAUGUUAUUUUAAUAAUAAAA